UCACCUCAGGGUCCCAUUUGAUUGGAAGGCGGCAAAGGCUUUAAUCUCGGACUAAUUCAGCUGCUUUUGAAGUGAAAAUUUCUACCAGUUCGUACUUCGGGAGUACAGAGCGAGGACCUGCAAACAGACGCACACAAGGCGCAGCGCUCAUGGUGCAGGACGCAGCCACGGAUCUGCGAUAACCUCGCACAGUCUCCUUCCAGCUGCCGCGCCUCGCUUCCUCAACCACCAGGAUUACAGAUUAUUUAACCUUUUUACGAUCCUUUUUUUCCCCGAGAGAGAGCUUCGACGCUGUUUUGAUUUUCUUAAUGAAUCUUGUGAAAGCAUCGCCGUUUCUUUUUCUGACUAUUGGGACAUGAUCACAUCGCCCUCGGCGUCUGUCCUGAAAAAUAGUGAUAUUUGUGCAGCCUGGGAAAGAAGCAGUUCUCGGAAUAGCAGCUCAGCGAGCAUCAACAAGCCUUUUCUCCACUCCGCACAUCCGUCUGAUCCACUACGGCAAGCAAACCGACUCCCUAUCAAGGUUUUGAAAAUGCUUACCGCACGGUCGGGACACAUUUUGCACCCGGAGUAUCUGCAACCAUUGCCUUCUACACCGAUUAGUCCCAUAGAGUUAGAUGCCAAGAAAAGUCCGCUGGCUCUGCUGGCGCAGACCUGCUCCCAGAUCGGCAAACCGGACCCACCACCCUCCUCCAAAUUAUCCUCCGUGACAAAUGGAUCUAAUGAGAAGGAAUCUAAAUCCGGUCCUUUGAAACUGAGCGAUAUUGGUGUGGAUGACAAAUCUAGCUUCAAACCUUACUCAAAACCUUCAGAUAAGAAGGACUCGUCUACGGGCGGCUCAAGCGAGAAGUCUGGUUUCCGAGUGCCGAGCGCCACCUGCCAGCCGUUCACGCCGCGGACAGGCAGCCCCCACUCCAGCACUUCAGCGUCCCCCAUGCCAUCAGAGGGAAAGUGUGGGGACAGGGAUGACAAGAAAGAGUCUGACUGUAACAAAAAUGGCAAUACGGACGGCUCUGGCACCACGAGCCACAGCAGGAUAAGCGUGAGUUGUGGUGGAAUUAACGUGGAGGUGAACCAGCACCAGGAGACGACGCCUGGCACUAAAACCAGCCCCUCGAACUCCCCAUCUGUAACUUCUGUUUCCUCCGCAUCCGUGCUUGGGUCAGGACUUGUGGCGCCGGUUUCUCCUUACAAACCUGGACAGACAGUUUUCCCUUUGCCUCCUGCUGGUAUGACGUACCCAGGUAGCUUGGCUGGGGCCUAUGCAGGUUACCCCCAACACUUCCUGCCCCACGGAGGGAGCUUGGUUAAUGCACAGCUGGCUAACUCUCUGGGCUGCAGUAAGGCUGGAUCCAGCCCUCUGGCAGGGGCUUCUCCACCGUCCAUCAUGUCAGCCAGCCUGUGCAGAGACCCUUACUGCCUCAGUUACCAUUGUGCCAGUCACUUAGCAGGGGCAGCCAGCGCUUCCUGCACGCACGAGUCAGCAGCAGCAGCAGCUGCCGCUAACGCCCUCAAAUCCGGCUACCCACUAAUGUACCCCACACACCCCAUGCACAGCGUCCACUCCUCGGCGCCAUCAUUUAGCGGACACCCUCUGUACCCUUACGGUUUCAUGCUCCCAAACGACCCUCUCCCUCAUGUAUGUAACUGGGUGUCAGCAAAUGGACCGUGUGACAAGCGUUUCUCCUCCUCAGAAGAGCUCCUGAAUCACCUGAGGACACACACUGCUUUUACCGGGGCGGAGAAGUUGAUAUCUGGUUAUCCUGGGUCUUCUUCACUGGCCAGCGCUGCUGCAGCAGCCAUGGCCUGUCAUAUGCACAUGCCACCGUCAGGAGCCCCCGGGAGCCCCGGAACUUUGGCUCUCAGGAGCCCGCAUCACGCGUUAGGACUCAGCAGCCGCUACCAUCCGUACUCAAAAAGCCCCCUGCCGACCCCCGGGGGCCCUGUCCCGGUCCCUGCCGCCACCGGCCCGUAUUACUCCCCUUACGCACUGUACGGCCAGAGACUCACCACAGCGUCAGCGCUUGGAUACCAGUGAGGAAAAAAGACUGAAAAGUUUAUAGAUCUAAGAAUGCAAAUAUAAAGACUUUUAUAUUAACAGCGCUAAACGUAUGGACGGGCUCCGUGGACUUCUGUAUUUAUUUAUGUCUGCUUCAAAGCAGGCGAUAAUAAAGCUGCAAAUGGAAAAUAUUUGAGCAAAUCAAAAAGUGCAUUAUGUUGAAAUUGAACUCUAUAGGUAAAGUGAAAACACACACACAUGUUAGAGUACUAAUAAAAAGUAGGGGUCCUCAUUUCGAUGUUAAUUUCAAAUUGCUAUGAUUGUAUUUGUUCUUAUUUAAUGUCUCAUGGAGAAGAAAAUAAUUUACAUGCAUGUUUGUUUCUUAAAUUUCAGAAAUUGUCCACAUUUUAAAUUGCCGUUAUUUUUCAGGUGUACACCUUGGAAAGAGAAUUGGUAUUUUUUUGUAUGUAUUCUGGAAAAAAUAAGAAACAAUUCUGUUCCAUAUCUCCGUGUGCCUCUUUUCUGCAGUAUGAACUUUGUUUAAUUUGGAAGACCCUUAAAAAUAACACGCCACUGACCUUUAUUUUUUAAUAGUGUGUUUAAUUAAUUUAACAAAACGUCAUGUGAGCUGUUUCGCAACAGGCCUGUAGAUUUUCACACUUCUCAGAACGAUUAAGCUGUUUCAGCAUAAGUCAUUAUGACUGUGUAUUAAUAUAAUGUGCAUCUUUCACUUC